ACAGAGAGAGAGAGAGAGAGAGAGAGUCAGAGAGGGAGAGAACCUUUUGCUUUUUAUUGCUCGCUCUGUAUCUCUCUCUCUCUUCUGUUCUCUCUCCAACAAAGCUCUUGUUGAUUCUCUGGCUGUCACUAUUUUUUUUAUCUUUUCAGAAAAUCGUGCUGUCUUUUUCUUUGGGUCUCUCUAGUUUCUCUCACCAGACAAGGAGAAGAGCUCUCCCUAAGAGAGAGAGAGAGAGAGAGAGAGAGAGAAGCUCUGCAGAAGAGUAAUAUGGGGAUGAGGAGGAAAUGGCCGUACAAGUAAUGGCUCAGCAGCAAACUAUGCCCAACAAUGCCAACACCAGCAACAACAACACUAGCGGUAACAGUGCAAGCCAAGGCCAACAACGACAACUAGCGAAGCCAAUGUUCCAUGACUUUCUUGGCAUGAAGAAGCCCGCCGAUUCGCCUGUGGGUUUUUCCCCCAAAGCCGCCGACUCGCCGUCGGCCUCGGCGUCUAUUGGGGCUUCCUCCGGUGGCGCCCGAGGGCUCAUCUCUACCACCUCUGAUCUGGGUUCUGAAAGACAGGUUGGAAAUCAUCUCGAGGGGAUUCCAUUUUAUGGUCCAAGGAGUGAUAUUUCUGGGCCUGAGAUAAGUAACAGAAUAGUAGGAAGUAAGCGAAAUAAUCCCGAUUCUGCUUUUAUGGGGUCAUCUAGAGAUGGAAUCUUAGACCAUGACUCUCUCGAGAACUCACAUUUGAUUAAGUUACUCCGAAAUGGAGCUGGGGGGGAGCGAUAUAGAAGGUCCAAUGACGACGAAGUGUUCUUUGGCAUGCAGUCACUGAGGCCAACUUCUGCUUCUCUUGUGUUUCAGCCUCCCACAGGCAGUAGAACCGAUGCUAAUGUUUCCAAAUGGGAACGGCCUAUGUCUAUGAAUGUUGGCCCUGCCAUGCAGUACCCACCACGUGGGGGUCAAUUUGCACCUAUCCUGCAUCAGGUACAUUCGAACAGAGUCAGGGAUGCCACUGCUGGUCCUUCAAUUAUCUCUCAAUCAGCUGCUGAUGAAGGAUCUAGAACUGGAAUUAAAGGCCCUGGAAUUUUGAGUUCCAUCAAUGCCACCAGUGGUGCCUCUGAGAGGAACUCAUCUGCUGUGCUGCCAAGUGGCAACAGACAGAAGUCUGGGACUAAUGUUUUAGAGCCAGAAUCUUCUGCUCCUCCCGGUCGACUUGGGUCAACAUCUGCUAGUCGGCAGAUGACUAUAUUUUAUGGCGGUCAAGCUCAUGUUUUUGAUGAUGUCCAUCCCAACAAGGCAGAUGUUAUAAUGGCCUUAGCUGGAUCAAACGGAGGCUCUUGGUCAACAACCUUCUCGCCCAAAUCAACUGCAAGGCCAGCUGGUGAAAGUAGCAUGCCUGGUGGAGACAAUGAAACAGGAGGCAUGGCAAUUAACAUGGCACUUUCUCGGGAGUUUCGUGGGAGGUUAUCCACCAGUGGUGUUUCUAAUCAUGGAGGUGGCUCGGGUGAUCAAACAUCAACACCAUCAGGGGGACUUCAAGGCAGCAUUAUACCAAAAGAUACAAGCAACCCUGUUCAUGCAGCAGAAUCCAAUCCAGAAGCAAAAAGAGAGCUAUGAUGUUAAGACUCGAAUAGGUGUUAAUUAUUUCUAAAUCUAGAUACAGGUUAGGGUAAAAGAGCUUAUUCUUCCUCUAAUAUUUUUUGGGCUCUCUACCCUUUUCUUUUUUGGUGGUGGGAUGGGGCUUUCCUUGUUUGUAGGGGACCCAAUUGAGCUAUUAGAUUCAUAAUCAGGUACAGCACUUUGCCAAAUCUAUAAUAUGCUUUUACUUUGAUGCCUCAUGAAAAUGGAACCAUUUCAAUUCAUAA